AUAUUAAUAAAAGUCAACCAAAGUGGGUGCAAACUAAAACUAAAUAAAAUUCGGGCGCGAAAUUAUAACAAACAAAUAAAUAACAACAAAAUACAAAUAAAACAAAAGUGGAAAAAAAAAAAAAAGAACCAUCAACACAGCAAGCGGAACGCCGGCGUUGGAAGGAAUUCCCAUCGAGACAAGCCAGGAAACGCACCACGGUUAAACCAAAAUAAAUUCCCAAAGUCCCUGAGGAAAAUCAGGGUCGAUAUGGAAGCCGAGAUGCCCAAUACUCCAACGCCCUCUGUACGUUCGGCCGUGACUGUUCCGCGCCCUAAAGCUACCCCUGUAGCAGCGCCGCGAACAACCAUAGUUCCCGCAGCCCACCGAGAGCUUCCGACAGCUCCGCGUAGAGACACGCAAGCCCGGUCUCCGGAACCAGCACCACUUCAGUGCGCGCUAUGUCGCCGCCGACAUCGAUUGCCACAUUGCGGUAUAUUCAAGGGGAUGACGCCUCAGCAACGCCAGCAGGUCGCCCAGGCCCACGGGCAUUGCUUAAACUGUCUGGCGCCUACCCAUCUAACGCGCGAAUGCACCACCGGGUAUCAGUGCCAGGUGUGUAUGGGUCACCAUCACACCAUGUUCCACCGCAAUGCUGGACCCGACGUUGAGCGUCGUCAUCCCCCUCGCGGCAGUACUGCCAGCCGACGACUCCCGCGACCGCAACCGCGAAGGCAAGCCUUCCCGUCGGAAGAGUCCCGCGCCUGGCGCCGUCAUCAUCAUACCACCUCGCAUCGGAGGCGCCAUCCUAGGCCGCAGGCUCGUCGCAGGACAGGUCUCAGCAACGUUGUUGCAACACUGCAACAACUUCAGAGGUUACUAGGCUGAAUACUCGCCUAGGGGGGCCAGGAUGUACAAAUGAGCAUCCUCCCCCGGGCAUCCACACACGCAACACUGACACGCACCUUCAUCACACCCACGUCACAAACCAGCAAAACUUACAUUCCACACCACACACCAGCUGAUUCCACACACAAGCGCAAAGAAAAGGGGACCAAAAGGACAACUGCAACUCACUUCGCUUUUUUUCAUUCUCCGCAGCAACAAGUACGCGUGGGCGCGCCAUAUUUUUUAAUAACGUUUCAUCAUCCUCGACAUCCAGUCAAAGGUACGCGUGUGCGAUC